GGGUUUUUAGUUGAAGAGAAUUAGCUGCUCUUUCUGGUUCAACCUCUCUGUUCAAAGACAAAUGGGAACAAAUAGGGUUCUCACAAGCAUUUGCCUUCUCCUUUGUCUCUCUAUUUCAGCCGGUUUCUUCAUUCAUUGUGAUGCGAAAAGAUCGAUAGGAUUGACUACGGAAUCGAAGAAACCGAAGAUAAUAAGAGUGAUCAAACACACAUUGCUGGAGCAAAUGAUGACUCAACUAAACCUUGCACAACAGCUUGACUCGUCCACCUCCAAUACUCAACCUUAUGGUGUGAGCUCACCCUUCUCACUUCCUCCUUAUGACUCGCUUCCCCCUGUUUCCAUUCCCCAAAAUGCCCCUCCUUUUUGUGUUUAUCCCCCAAAUACCCCUCAAACACCAACCUCAUCGAACUCACCUCCCUCCCCUUCUUCUUACCCUGGUCUAAGCCCACCACCCGGCCCGAUCGGCUCCGCCCCGAACUCACCGGGCACCUCUUACCCGAACCCACCUGUGACCGUUCCUAACCCGCCUAGCCAGCCGAAUCCCACUUUUAACCCGAGCCCAUCUGGGCCCACUAUGGGCUCACCUUACUAUGAGCCCGGCCCACCAACGACCUACAUCCCUACACCAUCUGGCGGCAGCGGAUCUGUCCCGAGCCCAUCGGGAUUUCUACCCCCGAUCGUCUACCCGCCGCCAAUGGUUCCGCCGCCGCCGAGCGUGACACCGAGCACGGCUUACUGGUGCGUGGCUAAACCGACGGUGCCUGACCCAAUCAUGCAAGAAGCCAUGAACUAUGCCUGUGGGUCAGGAGCAGAUUGCAGUUCAAUUCAGCCCAAUGGGCCUUGCUUUCAGCCCAACAUACUUUGGGCCCAUGCUUCUUUUGCUUUCAAUAGCUAUUGGCAACGCUCCAAAGGCUCCGGUGGCUCUUGCGCUUUCGGUGGCACUGGCAUGCUUGUCACCGUCGACCCCAGCUAUGAUGGUUGCCAUUUUGAGUACUUUUGAUUCGUCAAGAAGAUGAAUACGGUCUUUGUUUUUUUUCCCUCUUCGUUGAAAUUUAACUUUUUUUUUGUUUUUAUAUUUGUUACAAAUGAUGUCAAAUAAAUCAUGAUAUAUUAUUUUUAGGUGGGUCUUUUAUAUGUAAUCCCAUGAAAAAUUGCACACCUUCUUUUUGUAUGGUUAUAAAAUUGUAUAUCGAAGUUUUUUUUUUGGCUAAUGGAGUAUGGGUUGUACAUUG